AUGUUAAAUAUUAAAAAGCAUUCUAGAACAAGACAUCAAGUGAAAUAUUUUUGUAGUAAAUGUAAAGGAAUUUAUGUUGACCUAAGAACUAAAAACAAACAUUCAAUAAACGCCACAAACACAUCCAUUUUGUUACAAGAUGAAAAUGAUCUGAUGAUUGAAUCAUCACGACACUCAUUUAUUAAUAAAGAAUUUUCUAUUGAAUAUCAAGAAGAUGUAUUGCAAUUGGACAAUUUAGCAAUACUUUCUUCGAAAAUGAGAAAACGGAAUAGAAAAAAUACUCUUUUAGAGUACGACGAAAUAAAUCAAGAAGUUUUUAGUAGUAAUAAAAAUGACCAUGAAGAAAUUAAUAAUGAUAUUGAUAAUAUCAAUGAUUAUAUAUACGAGUUCUGA